AUGCCACCGCAAACAGCAAAGAAAGGUGAAAGCGCAGGGCAGGAGAGGCGGAAACCUGUCCGCCGUGACCCUGAGAAAAGACGGCAACAGAAUAUUGAAGCCCAAAGAAAGUACCGAGCAAAGAUUCGUGAGCGCCUUAAUCACCUUGAAGCAGUUGCAGCAGGGGUGACGAGCACAGGCCCACCUGAAACACUGGCAACGCCCGGCUCACCCACUACUUCAGCUGACCUUAUUGCAACAAGUCUCCCGACUUCUGAUGCCUCAAUCAAACUUGCAUCUAGUCCAUCGGUGGAGACUCCAGGGGAAUCUCAGCAUCUCAUAUCACAGACCGAUAACAGCCUCUCAGCUCUCGCAUCAUGGGAAUCUAUCGACUAUUCUAAGUUAGAUGACUCGUCAUCCGGAGUAAGCUUAUGGGAUGCAACAACAAAAUUUGACCCACUUCCAGAUUAUGGCUCAUCGUUAUCGUGUGAAUGGGGUUCGACAACAUACGUUGACCCAUCCUUUCUCAUCCGCGAUAACCACGAUAGUGGCAUAGUCCAAUACUGGACAACUAGCUUAAAUUGUGGCUGCUCUACCCGACACAUUCAGAUUCAGACAAAAGGAGUCGACCCAUCGAGUUUUAAAGAUGCCAAGAUACUCACACUCGGCUAUCCUGCAACCACAGCUGACCCAUAUGCAAACAACCUUCGUAUCGACACAGUCUGCACUGCCGCUGCUCUACGCACCAUUGGAAUGCAACUUGGUGUUAAUGAGGAGGCUCUUUGUGCCGAUGAAUCUCUCUCGCCAUUCUUUCGGUUCACCACAGGCUCGGUGGACUUCAUGGUCCAAUCUACCAUGAUCAAGACCGUGCAACAAACAUUCAAGUCAUUGAAGCCGGACUUGAGGCCGAGCAGAGAGCAGAUAACUGUCAAACAUCAUCCAUGUAUAGACGUUCUGCCCUUUCCAACAUUACGAAAUAACUUUAUUACUCAUCAAGAUGAGUUUGACGAGGAUGAGUUGUUCAUGGACGUCUUUAAUGGCUUGGUGUGCUGGGGAGGUGCCGGUAUUGGGAAAAGAGAUCGAGAUAUCAAUACUGGAUAUGUGUCGACGGGCACGCCGUGGGAUGUGCGGAGUUGGGAGGCAAAGCAAUGGUUUUUGAAGAAGUAUUGGGUCCUACUGGGUGGCGAAGAUGGUGAACUUGUCCGACAAAGUGAAUGGUGGCGUGGUAUCAGGGGAGAAGAAACGUUAAGCAUAGAAUUGCCUAGCUAG